UCCCCUCUCCUUUCAUAACACCACCACACCACACCACCGCCGUUCGAAUAUUCCAAGCUUGCGAUUGCGAGAGGGAGAGGGGAGGAGGGGAGCCGGGCGCGGAACCCUAAUUGCCUCCGUCGACUGCCAACAGGUGCGCCGCUUCCUCCUCGUCUGCCCCCCAUCUCUGCCUGUUCGCCCUUUAAAUACGGGGCAUUCUAGCUGUUGCGGUUGCGGGCUGCUGCGCCCGCCGAUUCGAGCUCACCAGGCAAGGGAGGUACAAUGCCACGAGCUAAUGAGAUGUUUAGGGCGGAUUCAAGAAUGUUGGUGGUCUUUGGUGCCUUGACAUCGAAACCACAGCAACUGACAUUUGAAGAAUCCCUCAGAUUUGUCAAGAAAGUGAAGGCCCACGAUUACAUUUUGUACUUGUCACUAUUUGAUAUUCUUGGCAGAAUGGAACUGUCCCAGCUCGAUGCCUACCGAGAGUUACAGCUGCUGUUUCGAAAUCACCCAGAUUUGUGUGAAGAGCUUGAGAAGUUCAGACCACCUGCGCCUACAAAGCACGCAACGAACAACAUCUGGCCCUGGAUUUUCGUGUGUGCCGUCCCAUUGGUCGCAGUAAGCCUAAUCCCGGCGCUUGGAAACCCAGUACUGUGGUUUGUUCAACAAACUAUUGGCGAAAACUUGGCCGCGUGAUUCAAGCACCAGUGCAGUACAUAUAUAUAUGCAGUUGACCUCCAAUUAUUUGCCCCAUCAUAAUCGAACUGAUAGCCUUUAUAUAUAUGUAUAUAGUUAGUUAGACUGGCAUUCUGGAAGGAACUCGGUUCUCGCAAGAAAUUUAGUCGUGCAACCGUGCAAGUCUCAUCAAACGUUACUCAUCUCCAUUUAAGUUGGGUUCAAGUGCUAAAUCCAAACUUCCAUGGCU